AUGGUAUACGAUACUGGCAAUCUAAAUCAGAAGGAGAAGUUUGAGGCCGACUUGAAGAAGGGGAUUAAGAAAUUUCAAGCUUCUUCUAAGCAUGAUCGAUUGAAGGAUGUAAAGGUUAAGCCUCCUGAUAAAGGAGCGGUGGGUCGAUUUGUGCGGAUUGAGCCAAGUGCUACUGGAGCUGUUGUGUCGGGAAUUGGGAAAGCGGAGUGGAAAUUGGAGGGUUUGCAUAAAGCUAGGAAUCCUAAUCGGGGUGAUUCUCUUCUCAGAAAUCCUAUGGAUGUUGAUGAUUACUAUGUGGAUGAUGUUACAGAAGAAGAGAGGGAGGAUGUAUCGGAAUCUGAUGGUGUGUGGGAAUCCGAUUCCAGUGCUUCUAGGGUUGCUUGUCAAGCUUCGAUCAAGGGUUCUAGUUCCAAUGUUAUGGAUGAAGUGACCAAGGAUUUGCCUCCGAUCAUUCAUGAGGAUUCUAUUCCUUCAGGUAACACUGCAAACUUAUAUAAGAAUUGGGAAAUUCCUAAGGAUGCAGUUGUGAUUUCUAGCCCUAAUUCUGAUAUGAAUCAAGUGAAGAGUCAUAUGAAUAAUGUUGGUUUAUGGGAAUGA